GAACAUUUCGACAUGCUCCUGCUACUUCAAGGAUAGCUCUCUCUUACCACCAUCAUGAAUCGGUAUCGCAAUAUCCCCGGCUUAAGAACAACAUCCAAGGCAACAGCCACUACUCUCUGCCAGAAAUGUCUCAAAAGAGAUAAGUCUUGGACUAUUUCAUUUCAUUUCAUUUCAAUAAUGACUUCAGUUGACAGAACAACACGGCACUAUAGCUAUGAAUGUAAAGCGUCUGCUCAAGAACGGCCCUACACUUCCCGUCCGUCCAGAACACAACAGCUAGCAAACCCAAAGCUGGUACCAGAGCUGAUGAGCGAUGUUCCGAAUGAUUUAUUGCGGACCAAAGGCGUAGCUGAUGAACAACUGGCAUUGAAGGAACGUGAACGGGGCCGCAAUAGGGAAGGCUCAGACUAUGAUAGAGACCAUGACGAUGCGACUCACCGGCGCCCUGAAAAACGGGUGAGAUCAGUCUCUCCAGCGUACUCAGCAGAUUCCGUUUCCACGAUCUCAACAGACCGAUCUUGGUCCAGAUCACCACCACGAAAACGAGAUAUCCCCUCCUCCGCUAGAUCAAGAGAACGUAAAAGGAUGAUAAGCAGAAGCGUUUCACCAGACUCACAUAUUUCCUCCUCUUCUGCUGGAGGAAAGGCAACCACAUCAAGGGGAAAGGAAGGAAAUACCCGCCGGGGAAAGAGAUCACAAAGCCCAGUUGAACGAGGUCGGUAUGGUUCAGAAAGACGUGGCAGUUGGAGAAACAGGUCGCGAAGCCUGAGUAUGGAUCGGAGUUCAAUCGCAAAGCACAGGCGAUCCUUAACCCCUAGGGCUCUGGAUCGAAACAGCCGAUAUCCAGAUCGUGGCCGUGCUCGUCAUCCACGCAGCUCCGAGAGAGCCCGAAGUAUGUCAAGGAGUCCUUCAAGAGCACGGGGUCACGAACCCCCUUAUGAUAGAGGUAGAGGCGUACCCGAAAAUCCCCCGCCUCGCAAGGAGCGAAGCUUAAGCCCCUUCAGCAAACGUUUGGCUUUAACUCAAGCCAUGAAUAUGAUAAAUAGGUAAUGGGUCCGGUGUACACGAUAACUAGAAGGUAUUUUCUCUGCGAGGGUGUGCAGUGUUUGUUUUGAUUUGUCCAUCUUUGUAAUAACUAGUCACGUUUCUCCAAUUCCGAAUGCUGUCUCCCGUGGCAAAACUCCGGCCACUUUAGAGCAGGGAUCCGUAGAUACUCCCAUAUACUAAAUUUCAUCGUGCUUCAAUUCUCAAUUUAAUACCUGCCGAUGUUACAGAGCCCCAAACCAGAACGCCGUUCCUUGUACAGACUCCCUGCAUGAUGUCCAGAAUAGUAAAAUAAUUAAAUCGAAAAAAUAGCAACAACCAAUCGUAACAAUCAACCCAUCUCUGUGUCCUCUUCCCUCUCCCUCUCCCUCCUCUCAUCUUCCGCUUCAUCCCUUUCCUUCAGGUGUAUUCCUUCAAUGAGGGCCCCUCCAUCAAUGCCGACCUCUUGGCCAUCCCCAUCAACGUUGCCCUCUGCAGAAGCCAUGUUAUUCUUCUCCUUCGCGUCCCUUUGCGCAUUCUGUAUCCUAUCCCGAACCAAUCUAGCUAUCGCAUUCUGAGUUCUCACGUUUACGAUCUUCAUCUUCUCGUCUAGGUCUCGUUUUAAAUCCCAGUUCGGCUUUUUAGGUUGUAGUUUAAACAGGUCGAUCGGUUUAUCGGCUUCCUCGUCCUCCUUUGCAGCCUGUUCGGUGGAUAUCGCGAUUUUCUGGGCUCGUUCUUCAAGAGUGGAUUGCCCUUCUAUUGGGGCAUGUUCGAAACCGAGUUUUGGGCCCCGAGCCUCGGGAUCGUAAUUUCUCCCGGAUAGGUAUCGCGCAGAGACAUCUGUUGGUGUCCCUUCCGUUGAAGUAUGCUGGGAGCCAUCCUGUUCAAUGGGGUCUGGUUCGGACUGCUUUCGCUUCAGUGAGGCUAGCUUGGCUAGACGGGCUUUUCGGUCGAUCGCCGCAGCAUCGAGGGUAGAAUGUGAAGA